AUGAGCGUGCCAUCUUCUGAAUUUACCUUUUCAGCAGGCUCACUGUCUACGGUGGUCUUCACGGCUUCAUCGUCAUCUCGAGACCGCAGUGACGAAGCGAGUGCUGCGUCAACCCCACAAUCUCCGAGACCAGCCCCUCUGCUCUUUCAAAACUUGACCCUCAACGAUUCCGCGGGCCAGAUGACUACUCCUCGAGCUAGGUCGCCAACUGCAUGGCUGAGCCCAGGUAGCUCACCUUCUACAUAUGCACAGCAGCAUAAUGCCACUCCGAGUCCGAGGCGGAACCUCGUAACCCGCUCUCGUGGCAGCCGAAACUCCGCGAGAAAUGGGUCCAUAUUGUCCAGCACAACCCAAGCCAGUUCAUAUACUGAUGCUAGGGAGGAGAGGGCCGAUUCCAUAUCCUCAGAUGAUGGUACAGAUAGAGUGCACAUCCCUGGAGCCUAUGUAUCCCAAAGUGGCCGUGGCGAAAGUCAUGCCUCGGGUAACGUUACAGACAGUGAGGGUGGAACAGAAAGCGAUCAAUACAGCGACAUGGAGGAAGAUACUGAGAACAUGACCAGUGAUAUUCGUGAAGAGCCACUCCCUGCCGCCCCAGUCUAUAAUCGUCGGCUUCAGGCUGGUCUGAAAGAAGUGAAAGCGCAGCUAGCUGGUCUGGCCGACAUGAUGGGACUAUCUGGGCUGAACCAAGACCAGUCUACUGAUUUGUAUUCUUUAUAUGAGCGGACGAAAAGAAUGAGCAUGUUUGAGUAUCCAGAAAGUCGGACCGUAGGAUUCAUCGGAGACUCCGGGGUUGGCAAAAGCUCUUUGAUAAACUCUUUACUUGAUCAGCAGAGUCUGGCACGUUCAAGUGGCGAGGGCGCGGCUUGCACCUGCGUUGUGACUGAAUUCCGACACGUGGAUAUCAAUCACACCGGGCCUUUCACUAUUGAAGCGCAAUUUAUGACUACGCAAGAAAUGAAAGAGCUGCUGGAGGAGCUUCUCUCGAGCUUCCGUGACUUCCAUAUCACUUCUUCCUUCCAGGAGCUGAAAUCGCAGGAAGAACAGCACAAGUGCCGCGAUUCGGCUGAUAGAGCCUGGGAAACAUUUCAAUCUUUGUUCAGCAACCAACCAAGAUUGACGAUGGAGUUUCUUUCCGAUGACUCUGAUGGGGCUGAAUCAACCCUUCUUGCGGAGUUAGAGCGAUGGGCGUAUGCCGGGUUAGCACUGCGACCUGGCGGGUCUGAUGCGCUUGAGUACUCUGCGAUUGCUGGUAACCUCAAAGAAUGCAAAGACACCCUUGACCUGUUGACUGCCAGUAGCAUGGGUGAUGGUAAACCUGCACUAUGGCCAUUUGUCAAAUUGAUCAGGGUAUAUCUCAGUUCCCCGAUUUUAAAAACCGGAUUAAUAUUGGCUGAUCUACCUGGGUUCAGCGAUCUUAACUUUGCGAGGGUACGAGCGACCGAACGGUACCUUGCUCAUAGUUGUGACGAAGUCUUUGUCGUGGCGGAUAUCGCUCGCGCUAGUACAAAUCCAUCAAUACAAGACGUCAUGCGAAGGUGCAGACCUAGCCAACCGCGGCGAGUGAUUUUAUCAAAGUCGGAGGUUAUAUCGCCCGAAGAAUCUGCGCGUGGAAACACACCAGAUGCUCUUCAGGUAAGGCGAAUGAACACAGAUAUCCAGGCUAUUCAGAAACAAAUUCAACAGGCUGAGUUGCGUCUACGAAAAGCGCGCGGAGCAAGACGAGCAGAACUCGCGCUCAAGGGAUAUGAUCUACGAGAAAAGGAGGGCGAGUUGAAUUUCCGCAUUGAAAAUUUUCUCAUCAAUCGGCGAAAUUCCCUAGUAUCACAAGAACUUAUUAGAAGGCACGCAGAUAUCAGAGUUUUUUCUAUCAGUAAUACGCUCUACUCCAAAUACCGCUCUGGUGGGAAGACCCAGGCGGAUGCAUACGUUGAUCUUUCAGGAAUUCGCGAGCUGCGCCGUUACUGCCAAUUGGUACCCGCAGAAAGUCAAAUGCGUUCAACAUCCGCGUUCCUGGAACACCAAGUGCCAGCUUUGUUGGGAUCUAUACGUCAGUGGGCAUUGUCGGGAACGGAUUCGGUUACGGCUGAAAGAUCCGCUAUCCUGCGACGUGUUUUGGAAAACGCACGAGAGGCUCUUCGCCGGGAAUUUAUUUCUUCUCGAUCACAUGUUCGGAUCGCGCGUCAGGCGUUAGAUGAUUUAUUCAGUGCAUCCAUUACUGAAGUUAUUCAAAAUUCUCGACGUCGCUGGAAAGCCGAGAGUAUUCAAAUCAGCCUGCAAUGGGAAGGGUGGGCCCAUGGCACUUAUACUGCCUUCUGUCGCAAAUUUGGGGAAUACUCAACCGGAAAGCAGCCUUAUCGUUGCUGGAAUAAUGAGCUAGUCCAGCCAGCUCGUGAUGGGCUAGAUCUGCAAUGGGAGAACAUACUGGAUUGGCUACAAGCCCAGAUGGGGACAUUGGUGGGAGAAACCCGCCUUACUUUUGAAAGAUUGCGAGCAGAGAUCGAGGCGCAUAUUGAACUUGCGCCCUACGCCCUCGAAAACCUGCAACAAAGCAUGAGGUCCAGGCAAGAGUGCAUUGAGGAUCAUAUCCGAGACUCUUUCCAGAAGAUUAUUGAAAGAUUUGAACUCACAAAGCGGGACAUGCUGUAUGGCCAUGCCAGCUCGUUUAUCUCAGGCCUGAUGCGACCCGCUUAUGCCGCCAUCAACCAAGAGCGAGGAACUGGAAGUGACCUCCGCCGGAAAAAUCUCAUGAAUGACCAUCUGACGCAUUCGAGGCUGUUUGUCAAAUUCUCUAACUUAGCCCACAGCGAGUACACGGAAGUUGUGACUGACUGUUUCAAUGAUUUGGAAACCAGCAUAAGCGAGCAGAUAGAGAGUAUGGUGAGAGAUUUCCAUGCGGUUGUUACAGUCGAAGGUCAAGUCUCGGAGGCGGAACAGGCGCCUGAAUUGGCGCAUGGGCUCAGAUCCCGUUUUGCCAGAACAGAAGAGAUCCUGCAGAGUACGCAGGAUGUUUUACGAGAGCUCAAUUAG